AUGACUUCAUUGCCUACAAAUCGAAUUUUUGAUUUACGAAGUGAAAUCCAUAAAAAUCUACCACAAGUUCACGCUAAUAAAGUGCAAUGUGAACGUCUUUGUCAGCGAAUUGAUCAAUUAAUCGAGUCUAUCGAGCGUUUAGAACAUGCAACGUCAUCAAUAGUACGCGAAGAAACCCGUCCGAUUCUUGAUAGUCUACUGCAAUGUGUUGAUGAUUGCAAUCAGUAUAUUGGAAAGUUAAAAUCGCCCGAAGAAUGGUACGAAGAAGUUUAUGAAUAUAAACGGAGUGAUGAAACCUUCAAAGAACUAAAUAAACGUUUAUCACAGAUUGGUCAAGAUUUAAGUCUAGGAUUAAAUAUUCAAGAAUUAUUCGAUCGAAAACAAGAUGAAGAAGAUCGACAAAAAGAUUUAAAAGAUUUAAAUAAAAAACUAGACGAAAUCUCACAAAAAAUGUUAGAAAAACAAUGUGAACAAUAUAAAUUGAUCGAUAAAAUGAUCGAUAGACGUUUUCAAUCAUUUCGUUUUUAUUUAGCACAAAAUUUACUCAUGCAACAAGAUUUAAAUCAAUCACAAGAACUUCAAGAAAAAUAUCAAUAUUUUCUACAUAUACCAUAUAAAGAUUUGUAUAUCGAAGAGAAACUUGUUGGUAGCGGUGGAUUUGCUGACGUUUAUAAAGCUCAAUGGUUAACACAUCAUGAUCAAGUCGCUGUGAAAAUGAUACGAAUUAAUACUUUAUCCAAUAUUGAAAAUGACUUCUAUAGAGAAAUUUCCACCAUGUAUCGAAUCCGAUAUGAAAAUAUUCUAAGCGUUUUUGGUGCAUGUGUUGAACCGAACUUGUAUGCGAUUGUUGUUGAAUAUAUGCCGUUAGGUUCGUUGUACGAUGUCUUGCAUAAAAAGCGUGAACAGAUCUCAUUGGAUUGGCUUGACCGAUAUUCUAUUGCAUGGCAAAUGACAAAAUCAAUUAAUUAUUUACAUAAUCUUAAUCCGAUGAUUCUUCAUCGCGAUAUAAAAUCAAUGAACUUUCUAUUGAAAUAUAAUGGACCUUCGAAUCAAAAAUAUCUCGUUAAAGUUUGUGAUUUUGGUUUAGCGGAAAUUCGACGUGAAACCUUAUUGCAAUCGGCAGCAUUUCCGAACUCGCAACUAGUCGGUUCGUUCUAUUGGAAAGCACCAGAAUUAUUCACUCCACGUAGUCGAUAUACAAAACAAAGUGAUAUCUACAGUCUUGGUGUUGUCUUUUGGGAACUAGCUACAGCAAGAAUACCAUGGGAUGAAUAUGAAGAUGCAACAAUUGUAUUAGUUCAACUGAAAACAGGUGAACGACCAACUAUUCCAUCAGAUGUACCUGAAUUGUAUAAAAGUGAAAUACAAGAUGCAUGGCAUCAGAAUCCUCAAAAGCGUCCAUCAUGUUUUCAAUUGAUGGAACGACUUCGUAAACAACUAGACCAAAUAGAACCGUCGACUAUUGUAACUACUGAAAAAACCAUUAUUGAUUUACAUUCGCCCGAAACUGAAAUCGAACAGCCAACUGACGCAUUGAACUCAAUAGGGCAUACUGACUCCACCGUUACCGCAAUACAGGUGGCUGAUGAAGAGAAUGAAGAAAAAAGCCUGACAAAUAAUUUGCCAACUGUUGUUAUGACAGAAUCAUUUUACAGCGAAACUCAAAUAGCUGACGAAACUCUUAUAAAACCAACAGAACCAAUAGAGUCUGAAUUACCACUCGAACUAAAUACAUUGUCUUCAUCUUCGAAUAAAACGGAGUCACAAAGUCAAACCGUGUUGUCUGUGGACAAUCAAAUCGAAUCCGAAUCAUCACCACCAGAACGACGUGCAUCUUUUUCUACUAAAAACAUGACAGAAGAGCAAAAUCAAACUGGAUUCGAAUCAACAAAACAACCAAGUACAUGCUCUUCGUCCAUCCAUACAAAAGAAGAACAAAAUCAAGCAGUUUCUUCUUCUACCGUUAACACCCAAGAAAAAUCAUUCAAAACAACUCAAGAUCUAACGGCAAACUCUUCAGCGUACAAUCCUCCAUACUAUCCAUUUGAUGGAGCUUUCGGUCCAAUCUAUAGACUGGAAAAACGACGUCCAUUACAUGGCAAUUCUAAAUAG